GAUCCGGCCACCCUCUCAGUAGCAGCAGCUCCCGUCUGCUGAGCUCUCAUCAUGCCUGGGUUAGGUAGGAUGCUACCCUAGCUCUCUAUAGGACCAGGACCUAGACUUUGUCCAGGUUAGGUAAUAUGCUUCCCUAGCUCUAUAUAGGACCAGACCAGGACCAAGAUUAUGUCCAGGUUACGUAGGAUGUCAGACAGAACUCUAUAGCACCAGACCAGUCUCGGAUCAGGACUAAAACAUGUUCCAGCGCAGAGGCCCCAGCCCAAGCAGAACAGGAUUAAUACUGGGUUGGUGCAUCUUGCUGCUUUUCUCCAGCCCUUUCUGCUGCGUUGCACAUUUCAGCCAAGCCAAAGAGCUCUUCUACUCCAUAAGGGAGGGAGUUCCAAUGGGGGCCUUCAUUGGGGCUAUCGGACAAGACUUGAAGUUGGAUUUUACUGUAGAUCCUCCCUUUCAGUUCAAUCUGCCUCAGCAGAAGCACAGUGGACAAUACGUGAGACUCGACAACACCACCGGGGAUCUGUACACCUCCGCCACUGAGCUCGACCGAGAGACCCUGUGCCCGGACGGGCCCACGCCCCAGGGAUGCGUACUGUCUCUGGACGUGUUUGUGCUGCCCCAGCAGUACUUCCAGCUGGUCAAAGUCAAGAUAUCUGUUGAAGACGUGAACGACAACAGGCCCCGGUUCCCUGUGGAAGAGAUAUGUGUGUCCAUCCCGGAGAACACACCGGUCAACGCCCGCUUUGCGGUGGAGCAGUCGGCCGUGGACCCUGACUUGCACUUCAACAGCGUCCAGACCUACUGGCUGGUGAAUGACUUUGGUGUGUUCACCCUGGAUGUGGAGGAGAACGAGGGAGGGGAGCUCACCCCUUUCCUCAUCGUCACGGAGGCGCUGGACCGCGAGAUGCAGGCUGAGUACAUAACGGAUAUCAUUGCUGAGGAUGGGGGUACCCCUCCCCUCCUGGGGACAGCCACCCUGAAGAUAAUCAUUACUGACGUCAACGACAACUGCCCGCGGUUUACAAAGUUGUUAAUAAAUGUCACGCUCCAAGGGAAUACCUCCAAAGGGGCGCAUUUGGCUCGCUUGCAUGCGUUUGACCCCGACCUGGGUGUUAAUGCCCAAAUCAGCUACGUUUACAGCGAGCGAGUGCCAAGAGAGACCCAGCGCUUGUUUCAUUUGGACCAAAUGUCGGGCUUGAUCAAGCUAGCUGGGAAAUUCAACUCGGAAACAAGCAAGUUCUACAAACUCACCGUGCUGGCCAAAGGGCCCGGCUGCAUACCCGCCGUUGCUACCGUGAAUAUACACAUUCACAAAGUAAUAACGGCCCCGCCAGCUGUGGUACCACGGUACAUUGCUGCCGAAAGGAACGGAGUGGUCACCAUGAAGGAAUCUGAGCCAGCAUUCUCCCCAAUCGCAUUCUUCACCGUAAAGAACACAGACACCAGCCAAAAGUUGGACUGCCAUCUAGAAGGGUUUGGCCCGUUCAGGCUAAUGCCAUACCAGCAGUUGCAGAACGAAUACCUCCUUGAGACCACGAAAGACUUAGACUACGAAGAGACGCAGGAGUAUGAGCUCACCGUGGUGACUAAGGGCACUAGCGGGGGGGCAGUCAUAAAGACCUUCCUCAAGGUACACGUGCUGGACGAGAACGACAACGCUCCCGUAUUCAAACAGUCUUUUGUGGAAAUAUCGGUGGAGGAGAACAACCCUCCAAACACAUUUCUGUUCCAGCUCCAAGCCACGGACCUGGACAGUGGCGCCCACGGGGAGGUCGUCUACCUUCUUGGGGGUGACGCCCCGGGUUUUUUCUCCGUGGACCGCGACACCGGUGUGCUGUCAGUGACCACAGCCCUCGACCGUGAGGAGAGGGAGACGUACCGCUUCAUGGUGAGAGCGGUGGACCAGGGAACACCCAGGAAGGAGUCCAUUGCCACCGUGCUGAUCCGAGUUGAGGACCGCAACGACAAUACGCCACGUUUCAUCAACAAGGACUUCACCUUCUUCGUGCCCGAAAACUUUCCGGGAUUCGGCGAGAUCGGAGUCCUGUCUGUGACAGACGCAGAUGCCGGAGAAAAUGGCUGGGUGGCGCUGUCCAUCCUCAAUGGCAGCGACGUGUUUGUGAUUGACACCGGCCGCGGUGCACUCCGAGCCAGGACGCCGCUGGACCGCGAGCAGCAGGGGACGUACGAGCUGUGGGUGGAGGCGGUCGACGGCGGCAAACCGGCCCUGUCCUGCGCCACCAUGGUCACCGUGCUCCUUUUGGAUGUUAACGACAACCCGCCAGUUGUUCUGUUCCCCCAAUCUAACCAAUCGUAUAUGCUGGUGCUCCCCGACACGCUGCCGGGGACGCCCGUCACCGAGGUGUACGCCGUGGACAGGGACACGGGGAUGAACGCCGUCAUCGCCUACAGCAUCAUCAAGAGGAAAGGGGCUGAGCCAGGGUCGUUCGUCAUUGACCCAGAGACGGGGAACAUCACACUUCAACGGGAGCUGAGCAACCGCGGCCUUUACAGCCUACUGGUUCGGGUAAGUGACCACGGACAGCCUGAGCCACUGCACGCCACCAUCAUGGUCAACCUGUUCGUCAACGAGACGGUCAGCAACGAGAGCUACAUUCAGAGCCUACUUACCAACGAGGCGGAGGUUGUGGAGGUGGAGGAGAGGCCUUGGUAUGUUGGGCAGCUGACGGACAGGCCACGGCCAUUUGAGCUGUUCCCAUGCCAACCGGUCCUCAUUGCGUUGUCGGUGACCUGUCUGGGGCUACUGUUGGUUGUGAUCGCGCUUGCUUCCUACAUCUGCUGCCGUAGGAUCAGGGAACAUGGUGGGGAUGGACAGGAGGAGGUUGAGACCCCUUUAAAUAUGAAUGGAGGCUCAGUGCAGCUCGGGGACCGAAAGAUCAGACAGAUGGCCAACAUCUGAUACCUUGCUCUGCUCCUCCCUACACCACUGCUGUUUACAUGAAUGUUUACAAGACUCACUGUGACAGGUGUAGCCCUGGAUUGAGAUUCUGAUCAUAGCGUUGUACUUCGAUACAUUGCGAUUAGAUGUAAACGUGUCGAUAUUUAAACAGAUUGUGUGUCUUUGACCACCGUCAUAAAGCAUUUUGUUGCUGCCUUUUCAGAAACUAUGAUUGCGUUUCUAAAGACGAUGAUUAAUGUGUCACUGGUUAACUGUUUUUGGUUUAAUAACAACAAAAUAACAAGGGAUAUAAUAAGAAUUUCUAUAUUGUGUAUAGGGAAAUGUAUAUUUUAUAUUUUUAUAUAAAGCUUAAAACAAUGAAAAAAUAAUGUGUACCAAUGUGACGCCACAUUCCCUAUUUUAAUUAUUCUGAUCCAAAUCUAAAGGUCUCAUGUUUGGUUUACUGUUUGGUUGGAGAUAGAAACAUAUCUAGAUGUGUAAAUGAUGUAACAUAGUUUGUUCCUGUGGUAUUUUGGAGGUGCAUGCCUACUCUGACCUCCAUGAAUCAUCUAACAUAAGGCUGUGGAUAUAUACAGACAAUCGGACCCAAUCGUGUUUAAAAAGAGACACCACUAAUAACCCCCAUGCCAAUUGGUCUACAACCAUUGUGUACUUUGUUUAUUUUAACAACGAUACCACACAACAAUGUAUCAAUCCUCAACUCUCCCACACACCUUGUCAUUUGUGAAAAGAAAAUCUACUUGUUUGUGUGUGAGAACAUUUCUUGUAAGUAUUAAAAGUGCUUUAUUUUUUAAAUCA